AUGGCAGAGAGUUCGCACACAAGUGGAAUUGACAAGCAGCUUUCCGGCGCCAAAGACGAACCCGGCCGAAAAUCGACGCCAGAAACGCAGGGCGGAGAAGAGGCAACAAAAGCACAAUCUAAUGGACGUUUGGAGAGCGGGUUUAAAGGUCAGGAAAGUUCUUAUUUUGUUCCCGACAAAAAAAAUACUGUCGAUAAUUCUGAGAUGAAUACGGCAGGAAAAGGAGAAAUCUUUGCGGAGAAAAAAGCAAGUGAAACGGCAACUGACCGAGAAGAAAGCACCUCACAGGACAGCAAGAAAAUCGCAACGACGGAAGAAACAGCUAAAGAAAGUACGAACAAAGAAAGCCAAGGUGAACAGGAGACACAAAGAACUCAAGAGUUAAAGAGCAAUGAAAAACAAACCCUCAAACCUGAUCAAGCCAACAGCAGCAAGAAGGGAAGAUUAAGUUUUCGCCGCUCUAAGAAAGGCAAAAUUUCCAAACGCAAAGCCUCACUCGAUGAAGAAAAACGUGUUGAAAUUUUGAAAUGUGAAACUAUCGCAGAGGAUCCGAAGAUCUUCGAGGAGAAGACGGAUGAGAUUUGUGACAAACGAGCGGAUAAAGCUGACGAAGCGAAAUUCGAGACUGUUAAAGGUUCGGUGGAGAUGGAAAACAGAGAACCGUUUACUUCUCCCGAGGGAGUCCAAAACGAAAAGUCCACAGCGACGAACAACAAAGGAAUGAAUAUAAAGCAAUUUGCAAGUUUCCGUCAAACCACAAAAGGCAAAUACAAUGUCAGCCAGACCUUUAACACUGACGCAUGCGAAGGCCAUGGGAAGCGAUCUGAAAAAUUCGAGAGCCCUGAAGAUCGUCAGGAUAUGGACGUGGAGGAGACUUCGCUCAAACUACCUGUUGCAGCUAACAAAGGUGAAUCGAAGGAGAAAGAUGAUGAGAGAGAAGAAAAAGCGGACCUUAGGAAGAAAGAGACCAGUAAGCAGAAGAAAAAAGUGACGGUUCUAAGCUUCAAGCGCAACAAACAAAGUCUUAAAAAACCAAAAGGAAAAUCAAGUAAAAAAGACGAAGAAAAAAGUGAAAUUAACGCGAGCGCUAAAAUUGGUGUGGGCAAAGAAACUAAUGACGUCAACGUUAUGGAUGGCGGUGCACUACGCAAGCAAGCCGACUUUGAAGAGAAAAUUUCAAACAACCGAGAAGAACGCAAAUCGAUUGUAGCGGAGGAAGAAGAUGCACCAGCAGAGGAGAAAUCGGGCUCUGUUGUAGAGAAACAGGGUAAUUCUCUCGAAAACGAAGAGAGCAACGCAGAAAAGGAAGACGGCUCCGCAAAGGCGCAUGAAGUGACAACGGAACUUUCACUGAAGAAAAAGAAGAAAGAGAAUAUUUUGCGUCGUUCAUUGAGGAAGAUUACGAAUCCAAGUUCUGUUCCACAUGGGAAGAAAAAAUCGAAAGGGGAUGAAAAAACUGUCAACGCAGAUAAGGGAGCUAGAAAGAGGAAUGAGGAGGAAGACAAGAGUGAAUGUUCUGGAUUGGAGGAAAGUGUUGAAGAACAAAGUGUCGCCCAAAAAGAUACUGAAGAAAAAUCGACCGAAUGCGAAGAAAAUUCUAAAGCAGUAAAGAGAAAGAAAGAGUUAACAGACAGCAAUCGAGAGUUGAAAAGGCAGAGGGAAGAUCAUGAAAUUGAGAUCCAAGACAAAGAUGCGCUCGGAGAAACAGCUGAUGUUGUUGUGGUUGUUGAAGUAAAGCAAGACGCAAAAACAUCUGAAGUAAAAUCAAACGUGGCAGACGAUUUAGAGAAUGGGACAACAAAAGAGCGCAAUCAAGAGAAAGAAAAUAGCGCUGAUGAGUUGAACUGUGAAGGAAACAAAGAGUUGUCGCCACAAAGGAACAAAAUCGAUGAACAGGAGGAAGUCAAAGCCGACGUUGAAAUUUCUCAAGAGAUUGUUGCGCGCAAAGCUAAACAAAUUGAAACAUCUGCUGAAGCUCUAGGAGGGCGUGUAGUCGAAGUACGAGUUGCUAUUGACGAACAGGCGAAGAAAAAUAAAGAAGAAGAAACUAAGGCUGAAGAAACCAAAGGCAGCAGUGACGAGGGAAAUACCUUCACCGAAAUCCAAAGGCAGACAAGUGAAACUAAAUCUGAAAGUCGCCACCGCCAUCUUGACGGAUACGACUCGGAUCUUACAGUGGUCACUGCUUUGGCUUAUCCGUUUACCGAAGACGAUGAAUUGUCGGAAAGCGACACAUCGGGAACCGAUGCAAAUACCGAAGAUGACGAAAUACAAGCCAUUGCCGAGGUACAUGUAAUACCUCCGGAAAUUGAGACAUCUGGAGUAGAAGGGCUAGUGGAAACUACUACCGAUCCCGAUACCGAAGACGAAGAAGUACGGGUUAUUAACGAAGGAGUAUCUUCGGAUACGGGGGUACUACGAGACGGAAACGAAGGCAAUGCGAAACUAGUUCCUGGGGGUGAACACGAAGUGGACACCCCUACCCAAAGCAAUGAAUUGGAAAAUACAUUGACGGCAGAGGAAGAGCCCGCUCUACGUGAAGAACAAAAUUCACGGAAUGGAAGUACUGCGCAGAGUUUACAAAGUUCAUUUCAGAAUCCUGCAGAAGAAUGGAUCAUGGUACAUCGGCUCGACGUGACUGAAGAGAUUGCACUUCGUCUUAUGACCGUACUCCCCCGGAUCUGUAAGCUGAGGAGGAACGUAGCAUGCUGUACGGUCAUGUGA